UGCGCUAAAUUAACAUCACUAGAAAUGGCGGGAAUUGCUAUUUCUCUCUGGGAUUGUUUCUGUUAGUAGCAUCUAAUACAAAGCAUGAUAAAUUGUGAUUAAAAUGGAUUAUACGGCACGCAAACGUCAUACAACUAUCAUAGAUACGAAUGGUCGAGAAAAUGAUUAUCCUCAUGAUAUCCAAAUGUACAAUGUGCCUCCAGUGGGUGAAAUGUCAUUGGAAGAGUUUCAAGAGUUGGGCUUUGACAGAUUAAAAGCAUUACGGUUGGUUGAGACAACAAAUUGUAGAAGUGAUCUAAAAACAUUGGAAGAUCGCAAGAAAGCUCUAUGUGAUUCUUUAAAAUCUGAUGGACUGAAAUACUAUGCAAAUCUACUGUAUGCUGAUGGAUCUAAUCCACAGUCAGAAGAACAUUUACAAACCAGGAGGAAAGAUCACAUAUCGCAUUUUAUUUUGAGACUUGUAUAUUGUCACGAUAUAGAACAAUCUAAAUGGUUUAUUAAUCAGGAGGUUGAAUUCUUCAAGUUAAGAUUUAGUUCCUUAGAAAAGAAGGGGAUUGAAUAUUUAUUGAAUAUUAGUAACUUGGAUUGCUUACCUAUUUCGCAAAAUGAAAAACUGGAAAUGAAAGAAGAACUUAGUUUAUCAUCUGGGAAGGUUACCAACAUAGAUAUCGUGGAUAUUUAUAAAGUACCUUUUGAAAAAGUCAUUGAUUUAGUCAGAGGACGUAAAAUAUAUCUUAAAGCAGGGAUGGCAUAUGUCACUCAUAUGGAUUUAAGUUCAGUAUUCAUCUGUUAUUUCAGAGAGAAUCUAAUUGCAGGAUUAGAGAAUGCAAAGAUGCUGUACGAUAAUAUAUCUGAUGAUGAAAGAUUGACCAGAUACUUAACAGGUCUUCCUUCAGCUUUCUCUGGAAUGGCACGUGUCGUGUGGUCAACCACAACUACACCCAUUGAUAAACUACAUGAUUUAUCCAAAACAUCAUAUCCAUUAUGUAUGAGAACACUUCAUGAAGCACUUUGCACCAACAGCCAUCUGAGGAACUCAGGACGUAUGCAAUAUGGGUUAUUCCUGAAAGGUAUAGGUGUGACUUUAGAAGAUGCUCUACAUUUCUGGAGAGAUGCAUUUUCGAAAAAAACAGAUGGGUCUGCAUUUGACAAAAAAUAUGCAUACUCUAUUAGGCACUACUAUGGUAAAGAAGGAAGACAGACAAAUUAUACACCGUAUGGCUGCCAGAAAAUUAUAUCUAGCUCUGUCGGACCUGGAGAAUAUCAUGGAUGUCCCUUCAGACAUAUGGAUCGCGAUUCGUUGUGCCAAAAGUUAACUAGUUAUGGAGUAUUUGCCUCUAAUAUGACAGAAAUACUGGACUUUGCCAAGGAUGCACAAUAUCAUUUAGCAUGUGCCAAAUAUUUUGAAGUUAUCCACAACAAGCCAGCAAGCAAACCACUUCUACAUCCAAACGCAUACUUUGCCGAAAGUCGUGCAAUUUCAACUGAAGAUGAUAGUAAUGGAAAAGAUUUCGACAAUAAAGAUAAAUUCUCUCAAAAUGCAAUUGGAACUCCUGGAGGCCUAUCUUCAAGAAAAAGCGAUAGAUAUUCUACGCCUUCUAGAAAUUCGGAUUUCACUGGUACACCAAAGAGAAACAACAAAUUCAGUACACCUUCAAGAAAUAUAGACACAAUCGACACACCUUUAAGAAAAGUUCAGAAAACAAAUUAUACGCCUUCAAAGAAGACUAAAAUGACUCCAGUAAAUAUUGCGGAAAUGCUAAAUGAUGAUGAUUUUACAGAUUUUAUGGAUGUAGAUUUAAUGGAUCAAAAAAGUUAGCAAACAACUGCUCUAUAAAUUUAUUCUGUAUAAUUAUACAGAAUAAAUUUAUUGCUAUGCAUAUUCU